AUGUUACAAAAUACUAUGAAUUCUCAUUCUAAAAAGGCUUAAGAAAGUCUGUUAAUUAGUACAAGUGGAAUUGUUUCAAAAUAAAAUGUCAUUUAAAUCUUGAUAUUUUUUAUUUUGCAUUGCCUUAUUGACCUUGCUUUAUUGAUUCAGUAUCCCAAUUAUUUAGAAUACAUCAUUCCUAAAAUGUCUAUGAAUAUCUUAAUGGCUUUGAUAAUAUUAUCAUUUUAGAAAAAACUAACUCAUGUGAUAAUCAAUAUUUUUUUGCUUGUGGUAAAAUUAAAUUCAAUUCUUUUUCUUUUGUUGAUUGGAUAAGAUUAUAUAUUAAUAGUGGUAUUAAUUUGUGAACAUGAACAUAAUAAUAAUUCAGCAAACUUUAUUAGUUUAGAAAGCUCUAUUUAAAAUAUUAUCACAAAAGUUGGUUGUUUAGUAAUAAUGAUCAUUUAAUUUUAAAUUAUAGACAUAAUCAUUAUUGCAAGCAUUUUAUUUUAAGAAACAUGCUAAUUAGGGUUUCUAUUAUAAAAAUCGAAAAAAUAAAAUAUUGGAGAAUUAUUUAGCUCUUUUUAAAAUAAAAAUAAUCGAGAAACAUUAACAAUAUGUACAAAAGAAAACACAUGGAUGAGUAGAAUAUCUUCUCUUCCUAUAUGUUUCAUUUUGAUUUCAAAAAAAGAUUUGAAAUUAACUUAUAAAAAUCAAAAUGUAUAUACACAUUUUUCGACAAUUUGUAAAAAUGAAGAAGAAUUUGAUAAACUAAUACUUAAUUAAUUAGAUUUCUCAAUUAUUUCAGGUAUGUAAUUAAUUCUUAUAAAUUUAGAAUUUUUUGAAGAUUAAAAAAACAUUGUUACAGAUUAACAUAUAAAAAAGAAUAGAUUGAGAAAUAAUGUUACAUCUUAAAAAAGUAAUUAAGAUAAAAAAGAUUUUUCUGAUUAAGAAAGCAUAAAUUAACAACAAUAUAAGGAAACAAACAAAUUAUCUGAAAUUAUAGAAAACUAUAAAGAAGGUAAACUAUGGGAAACCACAAAUUCGAUUAAUAAUUCUUUGGAGUUAUUUUGUUAGCAUUUUUGGGAAAACAGUAAAUGUUCUACCUAUAGUGGGUAAAUUAUAAUCAAUUAAGAAGAUGAUGAAAUCAUUUUAACAUUAAUUGACAUAUCUAAGUAAAAUAAAUAUUAUGAUGAAAUGAUAAAAGAUUAAUUUAAAACUUCAGUAAAUAUUUAUGUAAUAAAAAGAUAGCCCAAUCUUUUUCACAUGAAUUAAGAACUCCUUUGAAUAGUUCUUGUAACUUUUUGUAGUGUUGUUUAAAUCAUAAAAGUAUAGAGGAAGACUUAAAAAUUAAAUUUUUAUAACCUGCCAUAAAUGCAUUAAGGUUAUAAUCAUACUUGAUUAAUGAUAUUAUUGAUUUUAGUUCAUUAUGUGCUGAUAAUUUAGAAUUAGAUAUUAAAGAUUUUUCAAUUAAAGAUUUGGUUGAUGAAAUAAACAAAUUAUUUAAAUCAGUAAUAGAAAUGAAAAAUUUAGUAUUAUAUGUAGAUUUAUUGGAGAAUCAAUUGAAUAAUCUUUGUACCGAUUUUUCAAGAUUAGUUCAAAUAAUUGUAAAUAUAUUAUAAAAUUCUAUUAAAUAUUCAAAUAGUGGAUAUAUUCUUUUAAAAUUGACCUCUUUUUCAUCUAAUUAUUUAAAGAUUACUAUAAAAGAUGAAGGAUUUGGAAUAAAAGAAGAUCAAUUAAUGAAAAUACAUCAAAUGUUAUUAGAUGUUGAAUAAAGAUAGAAUUUUUCAUAAUAUUAAUCUUGGCAUGGAUUUGGUUUAUUAAUCUCAUCAAUGUUAUUAUCAAAACUAUGUCCUGCUGAUUAUAAAUCAUUAUUAAUAAGAUCUGGAGGAGAAGGUCAAGGAACAAAAGUGACUUUUUAUAUUUAGAAUCAUAAAUUAAGUCAUUAAUCUUCGAGUGUUAAUUAUAAAGAAAAACCAAUAAGAUUUAAUAGCAAACUUAGAUAAAGUAAUGUGUCAGGAUCAAUUCAUCAUUUAUCUUUAAAUGGAACUCUUAUUUAAAUUAGUGAUUUAUUUGUAUCCAAUCGUAAACUUAACACUUAAUUUGUAAAAAAAGUUACACUUAAAUCUGUUAAAUCAAAUGAAAAUUCAAUAUUCUCUGAUAGUAUAAUUAAUUUAGAUUAAGAUUUGUAAAUCUCUGAACUACAUCAUUUAUAACCUUUUCUAUUUACUGAAAAUGCUUAAUAAAAGAUUAAAUUUAAUAAAUAAGAAUUAUCUCCAAAAAGUAAUCAUCAAUAAACAAAAAUUGUAAGUUAUAAAUAAUUAAAGCUUUAAGAAGAUUAAGAAAGUGAAUAAAAUUUAAAAACAAUUAUGAGAAAGAAAAAAUGUAAUUGUAAGAGAAUAUUAUCGGUAGAUGAUGAAAUAUUUAAUUAAAAAUCUAUUCAAUUCUUAUUAUCAUAAUAAGGAUUUGAGGUUCUUUUGGUACUAUUAAGUUUUAUUUUAAGGCAUUUAAUGGUGAAGAGGCUAUUUAAUUAAUUAUAUAAACUCAAAAAUGUAAUCAUAAUUGUAGUUUAUUUUUAUUAAUUUUAAUGGAUUAUUAAAUGCCAAUAAUGAAUGGAAUAUAAGCAACUAAGUAAUUGAGAUUAAUGAUGGAAUAGCAUUAAAUACCAUAAAUUCAUAUAAUAGGAUUAACUGCAUUUAAUAGUAAGAAUGACAUUCUCAUGUGCUUAAAUUCAGGUAUGAGUGAUGUAUUGACAAAACCAUUGAUUAUAAAAGAUCUUUUUGAAAUAUUACAGUUAGUUUGA